GCUGCGAGGGAAGUUGUAGUUUGUGUGUAUGUGUGUGUGUGUGUGUGUGUGUGUUGUUUGGAAUCAGGCUUCGCGAUCAUGGGCCGUUAACGGCAGCAUGUCACCGCUGCUCGGAUCAACAUGCAGUGGAGGCGACACAUGAACGGCUGCGCCUUCAGCCUCCUCUUCGUUUUGACUUAUUUCACCAACAAGUUUGUCCUCUCUGUGUUAAAGUUUACAUAUCCAACAUUAUUUCAAGGAUGGCAGACAUUCAUCGGGGCUCUUCUUCUCCUCCUCUUUGGAAAGCUGGGAUGGGUGGAAAUGAGCCACAUCAGCAGGACCGCGGCUCUGCCUUGGCUCCCGGCCUCGCUCAUCUUUGUCGGAAACAUAUACGCUGGCUCCAGAGCUUUAUCACGCAUCGAAAUCCCUUUCUUCUUCACAUUACAGAACUCCUCUCACGUAGUUAGUCACACCAUCCUGAGGGUUGUCCACAGAGAGAAGAUGCAGUGGCUGAAAUUUCUCAGUGUUUGCCUCAUGCUGUUUUCAGCCAUCAACCUUCCCUUGUAUGACCCUCAGUAUGACCUCAGUGGUUACCUGUGGGCUGUGGUUCAUCUACUCUGUGUUGGUGCACACAGGGUGUUUAAGGUUCACUACAAGCCCAGUAAUUUAAGUGACCUUGAACAACGAUGCAUCGACUACGUGUUCAGUGUACUGAUGCUCGCUGUAGCCGCUCAUCCAACAGGUGACCUCAUGGGGGCCCUGGAGUUCCCCUCCCUUCAGUCUCACACAUUUCACUGCGGCUGCUGUGCCAGUGCACUGCUGGGGUUUUUGUUGCUGCUGGCCACCGUCAAACUAAAGAGUGGACUAUCGCUGGAUCACUUUAGGUUCUGGAGCUUUUUGUCAAAGGUUACUGCCAUGUCCCUCUCCCCAUUAGUUUUCUCAAUGGACGUUAAUGCUGCAGCUUUGAUUUGUGUGGUGGUCAGUCACAUCGGGGAGGCCCUGCUGUUGUAUUCUGACAGAGAAUCUCCACUGUGACAAACGUCUCUCUCUCUUUGUUCAGAGAAUAUUUAUUUUUCCACAUUAUUUUUGUAAAAUCUCAUGUAAAUUGGUGACCAAAUAAAUGUAUAUCCGUGAACAUA